AUGACUCCAGAAUUAAUGAUAAAAGCAUGUACAUUUUAUACGGGACGUUUGGUAAAGACCCAUUUUUGUAGUUGGAGAGAAAUAACAGUACCUCAUGCAAAACAAGAUGAGGUCAUGUCUGGAAAACAGGAAAGAGCAGUGGCACAUCACAUUUUCAGACUUCAAAAAUCUGCAUUUCAUGCCUGGCAUGUUUAUGUAAAACAUAAAAAACAAAUUUUUAAUGGCUGUCCUCUAGCCCUUGCCUUUUCAGCAUUGCCAGUUAAACAUUUCCACUUUGGUACCGUCAUGCAACAUGAAUUUCAACUGAAACAAUGGAAAGAUAAGUUAAAAUUAAAAAUUGCUACUAUAGAUAUAUUCUUAUCUUUGGACAAAAGCACUUCUAAAAUUCCUUUUGAAGAUGGCACUCAAGAAUUUGACAUUUCACAGUUACCUGACAGAGCAAUAGCACAGAUUUUCUUCUACCUGAGUUUAAGAGAUACAGUAGUAUGUAGUCAAAUUAGUCAUGCCUGGCUUUCGAUGACACAGAUGAGCUCAUUGUGGAAUGCUAUCGAUUUUUCUGCAGUGAAAAACAUAAUUACAGAAAAAUAUGUUGUAUCUACUUUGCAAAAGUGGCGUCUCAAUGUGCUGCGUUUGAAUUUCCGUGGUUGUCUCUUCCGACCCAAAACUUUCAAAUCCGUUAGUGCCUGUAAAAACUUGCAAGAGUUGAAUGUCUCUGACUGCUCGACACUAACGGAUGAAUCAAUGAGACAGAUUUCAGAGGGCUGCCCGGGAGUCCUAUAUCUCAAUCUGUCUAACACGAAUAUCACUAACAGGACGAUGAGACUCCUGCCAAGGUACUUCCACAACUUACAGAAUCUUAGUUUGGCUUAUUGCAGAAAGUUCACAGACAAAGGCUUACAGUACCUGAACUUGGGGAACGGAUGCCACAAGCUCAUCUAUCUGGACCUCUCCGGCUGCACCCAGAUUUCAGUGCAAGGCUUUAAGAACAUUGCAAGCAGCUGCUCUGGAAUUAUGCAUCUGACCAUCAAUGAUAUGCCAACUCUGACAGACAACUGUGUAAAAGCUUUAGUUGAAAAGUGCCUUCGUAUUACGUCAGUGAUUUUCAUUGGUGCACCACACAUCUCCGACAGUACUUUCAAAGCUCUUUCUAUUUGCAGCCUCAGAAAGAUACGGUUUGAAGGGAAUAAAAGGAUUACUGAUACAUGCUUCAAAUUAAUGGAUAAGAAUUAUCCAAAUAUCAGUCAUAUCUACAUGGCAGACUGUAAAGGAAUAACAGAUAGUAGCCUCAAGCCACUGUCUCAUUUGAGGAGACUGACUGUGUUGAAUUUGGCCAAUUGUAUGAGAAUUGGUGAUAUAGGAAUAAAGCACUUUCUUGAUGGUCCUGCAAGCAUAAGUAUAAGAGAACUAAAUUUAAGUAACUGUGUGCAACUGACUGAUUUCUCUGCUAUGAAACUAUCAGAUCGCUGCUAUAAUUUAAACUACUUGAGUUUACGAAAUUGUGAACAUUUGACUGACGGAGGACUUGAGUAUAUUGUAAAUAUCUUAUCCUUGGUAUCGGUAGAUCUCUCUGGAACAAAGAUUUCUGAUGAGGGUUUGUUGAUACUGUCCAAACAUAAAAAAUUGAAGGAACUUUCUCUAUCUGAGUGUUACAAAAUCACUGAUAUUGGAAUUCAGGCAUUCUGCAGAUUCUCUCUGACCUUGGAAUACUUGGAUGUGUCUUAUUGCUCCCGGCUGUCAGAUGGUAUUAUUAAAGCAUUGGCCAUUUACUGCACUGACAUCACGUCUCUCAUCAUUGCUGGCUGUCCAAAGAUUACUGACUCAGGGAUAGAGAUGUUAUCAGCAAAAUGCCAUUAUGUGCACAUUUUGGAUGUCUCUGGUUGUGUCCUGCUCACUGACCAAAUGCUUCAGUCCCUUCAGAUAGGCUGCAAACAACUCCGGAUCCUUAAGAUGCAAUACUGUGGACGUAUUUCCAAGGAGGCAGCUCUGAAAAUGUCAUCUAUAGUUCAGCAGCAGGAAUAUAGCUCUAAUGACCCUCCUAGAUGGUUUGGAUAUGACAGUGAAGGCAAGACUCUUAAGGUGAAUCAGGAAAUGAAACCACCUAAAUCAUCUCAAGACGCCGGAGAGAUGACAGUGAAAAGGUCCAUAGUCAGUAAUGAAGAGGAAGAAGUAUGAUCUUCAACCUC